CGUGGCCGCCCCGCCGCCGGCAGCGCCCGCGGGCCCGCCCGGGGCCGGGGCUGCUGCUGCUGCUCGUCCGGCUGGCGCUGCCCGGGGCGGCCGCGGGCAGCGGGGAGGCGCCGCCAGCAGGUAAAAACUGCAGCUUAUUGCAGGAAAUGGAUGUUAUCCAGAAGCAGGAUGAAAACUGUUACUGCUACGUGCAGAACAGAACCAUGCACUUACAGUACCUGUGGUCAACCAUCCAGAUAAAAGUUAACAGCAGAGAAAGGUUCCGGUUUGAGCCUAUUUCAGAAAAAAACAACUGCCGGAAUUCAGAAACUGUUUUUGAGUUUGUUGCAUGUGCUGUUCAAAUCCUCUGGAAGCCAGAGACAAGUACAGAAACUUUUCUGAGCAUAAAACAAUAUGGAGAGGACAUUUGUUUCAAAAUCCAGCCCUUCAAAAUUGAACCAUACGUUGUGAGGGUGAAAAGAGAAAUGCUAGAUGGAAAGCUCUUGUUUUUGUUUGUAGCUGGAAUUUUUCUGUUCCAUUUUGCAAACAGCCUGAGCAGGAGUGCCAAGUUCUUUUACCUUUCUGGAGUAAUACUGGGUGUUCUUGCUCUGCUAGUCUUUGUCCUGUUGACACUUAAAAGGUUUAUUCCAAGGCACAGUACCUUCUGGAUUUUAAUGAGUGGCUCCUGGAUGGUCUCUCUCUAUUUUAUUUACUGCUUCAAAGAGAAUAUACAGUGGUUGUGGUCUGAACACAAAAUCUACCUGUUGGGGUAUUUUCUGGCUGUGGGGAUUACCAGCUUUGCCAUUAGCUAUCAGCAUGGGCCACUGACCACGGAGCUCAGCAUAACCUUGUUCACAUGGACACUCCAAUUAACAGCCUUUGUCCUCAUCUACUUUGGAGUCACCAUCCCUCAAGUUGCAUAUGCAGUCAUAGCAGUCAGCCUCUGCUCCAAAGGCCUCUGUUACCCCCUGGGUGCUGUCUGUCACAUUGCCAGAAAAAUGAAGCAUCACUUUAAAUCAAAAAAAUUGGUGUUUAAAUACCUUACUGAAGAAGAGUAUCGAGAACAAGGUGAAAGUGAAACGAUCCGAGCUCUGGAGGAGCUGCGCUCGUUCUGCAGGAGCCCUGACUUCCCAUCAUGGAUAGCUGUAUCCAAACUCCAGGCGCCACACAGGUUUGCAGCUUUUGUUCUGGGAUCUCCUCACGUCUCAGCUGCAGAAACAAAGGCACACGAUGAGCAGUAUGGCAUUGGGAGCUUCUUCCUGGAAGAGCAGCUUUUUGAGACAAGGGCACAGUUUGAGCAAGAUGAGCCAGCCGAUUCUGUCCAUGAAGAAGAUGAGGAGAAUGAAAAUGAAAUGCAUUCACAAAUUCCAUUUCCAUAUGCUACUGAGCUGCUCUGAGCUUUGAGAAAUAACAAGAUGACAGAAAACACACUUCUCAUAGAAGGAGAGGAUACAGAACGAGAACUCACACUUGGCCUUUUCUUGUGAUUGCUGGUGGACAAAGAAGGAUCUUUGAAAAAAACUCUUUCCUGUAUCACCAAUGUCACCUGAUUACCAUAGAGGCUGUUCAAGUGAAGAGGAAUCUCAUGCUAUGAGUAUUUUCACUAGGGAAAAAAACAUUGUGUAUUUCCAAGGCAAGUACUGGAGACAGCCUGUCCACCAGGAUGCCUUCUUUCACCAAGAACACUACCUCUAGUAAACAGAGAAUCUGUUUUGGCCCUUUCCAUCAAGUCCUCUGUGCUGAGCACUAGAGGGAGGAAAAGCCAUUUUUAAUACUCUCCUUUUUACUCAGUACCCUCUGUGUCAAGACUUCUGAUAAUGCAUUUAGAGUGUUGAUAAACUGUGUUUGUUGUUUGUGAGACUUUUAUAGAGAGUUGAUGCAGCUGAACGAGGUUUGUUUCCCCUUCUGGCUGGGCUGGUCUGUUACCUUCAUCCUGUCUCUGCCUUUAGUUUUAAGCUCCCCUUGCUCCUCAGAAUGCUGCCUGAUUUUUCACCCUCUGCCCAUAUUAUUCCAUUCUUGACCUCUGCUGUAGUUACACUGCAUUUUGUUCUUUCCAAGUCUUUGUUUAUUUACAUACUUUCUUCCCUCCUGUACAGAUCUUCUGCUAAACCUUUCUCUAGCCCUCUGCUUUUCCACCUCUGACAGUGGUUUGGGAGAGGUUUUCCAUCCCUAAACAUUUUUGCUAUUGCCUUCAGUUUCAGCAUCAGCUUACCUCAGGCAGGUGCUGCUGUCUAUUCCAGGCCUCUGCAGAGCUCCAAAAAGGCCACAAAGGCUGAGGCUGUUUCAGCUGCUAUUAGCAGAGCCAGAGUGCUGCUGUGAGCCUGGAACUGGGAAUGCAGAUAACUCACACUGAGCUCCACUGGCCUCAGAGUACUCAGUAGUUUGUUCACUGAGUAAGAAGCAGAAAAUCAUUGCUGGAAAACAAUGAGGGUAAAAUCUGUCUUUUACCUUCCCUUUCUCAGCUGUCUGUGGGGCUUCUCACAGGAGAAGUGGGGAGGACAAGAAAGAAAUUUAGGCGGUCAUUUGUCUUUCAGCUUAUGUGUUACACAGUCCUAGGCUAGGGAGUAGUGUGUGUACCUCAGUUCACCCACCUGAAGAAGUAAUUUCUUUCUUUUGUUCUUUAGACUGUCUUUCCCUGUAUUCUUCUGUUCUCACUCUGCUGCUUUCCUUUACUGUCUUACAAACUGCAGAAGACAAAAGACCAUUAAUUCUGAUUAAUUCACCAUCUGAUCUCACAAAGCCACUGGGAAUUGUGAGCAAUGGGGAGCAGUUGGUGCUCAAGAAAGGCAUGUCAGACUGGAUCUAUGUGCUUUAACAGGGCUGUCUGUCCUUUGUGACAUGCCUAGUGGUGCAGCAUGACUUCAGCAGUGCAGGUGCUGUCCUGGGUUCUCCUUGUCCAUCGCUGCAGCAGGGACAGAAUCUGUUACCUCCAAUGGUGCUAAGUAUGGCCAUACCAUAAUCCAAGAGCUCCUCUGUGUAACAAAGGACUCAGAGUUGGUGCUUGAAAGCUUUAAAGCCUUACUGAUGUGGUCUUUUCUCCUUUAUAUUGCUUCAGCUUAAAAGAAACACUUCCAUUUUACAGUAAAGAGACACUUAACAUCCUUUAGGUGCCAUAAAAUUUGAAGUACCUAUGCAGAAUGUAAAGCAUGUUUAGCAGAGAAAAGCCAUGUCAAGCAGGUGAUCCAAAGUGCACUUGCUGUUAAAUGAAGAACAUUCAAAAAUAGAGCAAGGGCUCUGUUUAGGAAGGCUGCUAGCAGCAAAACUCACCUUUGGCUGGUGCUAAAUUGGUGCCAAAUCCACAGCUAAAUUGCCACCCACAUUUGGGAAGUCAGGUUUGACUUGGGGGGCUCUGGCACUAGCAACGAGCACUUGUGAAAACAGAGGAAGGCCUCAUUAUCUUGGCUAGUUUGGGAGAAGGGUGAAAACUCCCCCUGAACCAUGACCAUAGAUCAAAUCAGAUUUAUUUUAUCUUUGUGUCACCAUCAUGAAAAUGGAGUAAUAAAAGCAUUACAGAUUAGGCAAAGGAUACUCAAAGAAAUGUCUUAAUGUUUUUUGCAUGUUUUCAAUACAGGGUUUUUUCAGUGUACUUCAUAGCUAGCCAAGAACCCCAUCCAAGCAAUUUGAGGCCAAGGAAGAGAAUCAUAUUUGUUUGAGCUUAAACAGGUUUUUGAAUGUCAUCUCUUUAGUGAGGUAGUGAUGAUUACCCUCCCAUAAUAUGGAGGCAUGUAAAUACAUAAGAUGUAUUUACAUACAAUGGCCCAGAUUAUACAUUAAGGUAGUAUUUUACCUAAGCAAUAUGUUAAAUGGAAAAGCCCCACCCCCCACCUUAGUUUAGGUAAUUACAUGUUUUAGAAGAAUACCAGGUACACCUACUUCAACAAGGAAAAAAGUUAAAAAGCAAUAAAAAUUAAAUAAAGAUCAACUCACACUGUAUGUAGUUGUGAGAUCCAUUGUUUGGCAGGGAUGGGUAAAUGCUAUCCAAAAUAGAGCAGGAAACUAUUAAAUACAUGCAAAACAGAAUGGCAGCAACAGGAGAAAGAUGAUGGCUACCUUAGUGGGUAGCUAAUAGUGACCUUAAAAAUCCUCCCAAGCCUGUUCCAACACUGAAAGGGUUUCAUAAACAAGACCCACCAAAAGCAGCUGCUGUCACUGGAGCCCUGUUCACUUGCACAGUGCUCCUGUGAUAUGUGGAGAUGACAAAGCCUUACUGAAACACAAUUGUCAAGUACUGUUGUUUUGGUUUUCAGCUAGAAAAUCUAGGAACAGAAUCUAGGCAUUAAUCCGUUGCCCUAACUCUUACAAAAGCCUUUCUCCCUUAACAAAAGAUGUUACAUUUUUCUAUGUUCUCUGCAGUGUUCACAGUGAUGCCCUGCACUCUUUCACCCUGACCAGUUUACAGUGCACAGUGGUUUGUGCCCCUUACAGCCCCUGCACCCCACAGAAGGGAACCAGUGCCUACAGUCAGAUUUUGUUAUCAAAUACUAUUUUAACACAGUGCAAGAGUAGUUCCCAGGCUCUUGGUUCAGCAUCCUCCAGUGACUUUAGUAAAAGGUCAUUAUCACUGAAU